AUUGUUAUGAAAACAAGCGCAGCCCAAACCGGAAGUGCGCUACUGGAUCUGUGCAACUUGACGGUGUCAGUGUUCUUUCCGUGAGAGCUGCGACCCGUUAGGCUGGUAGACGCUGGGAAAAAUAUCUGUCACGAUUUGGAUUGUGCACUUAUCCUGUGGCGUGGUUUAGCCCCUUCGGGAGUAAAUAAGGAGACAUCCUGGAAGAACCUGGAGAACCGCGGAUACCUACGCGGCAUGGAUGCUUCAUGACCCGAGGCAGGUGCGAAGAGAUGGCGGUGGAGCCCCCGGCGGGCACCGGACAGGUGGUGCUGGUCAAGAAGAUCAUCAUGAAGGACGGAACAGCGCAGGGGAUUGGCAGGCCCAGUGUGUAUCAUGCGGUGAUGGUGAUCUUCCUGGAGUUCUUCGCCUGGGGUUUGCUCACCACACCGAUGCUCACUGUUUUACACGAGACAUUUCCCCAGCACACGUUCUUGAUGAAUGGACUCAUUCAGGGUGUGAAGGGUCUGCUGUCAUUCAUGUCUGCUCCUCUGAUUGGUGCGUUGUCGGACGUGUGGGGCAGGCGCUCCUUCCUGUUGGUCACCGUCUUCUUCACCUGCGCUCCAAUCCCUCUGAUGAGGCUCAGUCCUUGGUGGUAUUUUGCUAUGAUCGCCAUGUCUGGAGCUUUCUCUGUCACCUUCUCCGUCAUCUUCGCCUAUGUUGCUGAUGUGACGGAGGAAAGAGAGAGGAGUACAGCCUAUGGUCUGGUGUCGGCUACUUUUGCAGCCAGCCUGGUGACGAGUCCAGCCAUUGGGGCAUAUCUGUCAGCCUGGUACGGGGACAACUUGGUGGUUCUGGUGGCGACACUGGUCGCUCUGGCCGAUAUAUGCUUCAUUCUGCUGGCUGUGCCCGAAUCUCUCCCAGACAAGAUGAGGCUCAACACUUGGGGGACACCCAUAUCCUGGGAGCAGGCCGACCCCUUUGCUUCUCUGAGGAAGGUGGGUCAGGACCCAACAGUCUUACUGAUCUGUAUCACCGUGUUCCUGUCUUACCUGCCUGAAGCCGGACAAUACUCCAGCUUCUUCCUCUAUCUGAGACAGAUCGUACAUUUCUCUUCCACAACCAUUGCUGUCUUUAUUGGAGUAGUGGGCAUUCUGUCCAUCGUAGCACAGACUCUCUUUCUCACUCUCCUGAUGAGAACUCUGGGUAAUAAAAACACUGUUCUGUUGGGUUUGGGCUUCCAAAUCCUGCAGCUGGCCUGGUAUGGCUUCGGAUCAGAGCCAUGGAUGAUGUGGGCGGCUGGCGCUGUAGCAGCCAUGUCCUCCAUCACCUUCCCAGCUUUUUCUGCUCUGGUGUCACAGUCUGCUGAUCCUGAUAAACAAGGUGUGGUCCAGGGGAUGAUCACAGGAAUCAGAGGUCUGUGUAAUGGUCUGGGUCCAGCUCUGUAUGGAUUCAUCUUCUUCCUCUUCAAUGUUGAGCUCAGCACCAUGGACCCCAUCCAGGGUGAUUACACUAUCGACCCCUUGCCGCUGCCCAGUCCCACUGAGCGAGCGCUCAUCCCUGGCCCACCCUUUCUCUUGGGGGCAUGUACUGUGGUCAUUGCCUUUCUUGUCGCCCUCUUCAUCCCUGAGAAGCCCUCCGGUUCCUCCUCUUCCUCCCAGCUGUCCAACAGCGACAAGUCCCACCCAGACAACAAAGAGUCCAUGUCCUCACUGGCUGGCGUCCACAUCAACACGCCCCUCCCCGGUAGCGACGAGGAGACCCCUCCCACCACCAGCAACGAGGACUUUGAGCCACUGCUGCAGGACAGUAUCGUUUGACGGACAGGUAGAAGGACCAUAGAGGUUGUGGCUAACAUUGUGGUUUGACUGAGUGACAUUUUGCAGCAAAGACGAAGAACCAGUAACACAUUUCCUUUGUCGUAGGGUGUGACUAUGUGUAGUUAAUCCUCAGAACCUCGUGACAGUGAGAAGCUUCAGGGGUUUUUUUUUUGUUUGUUUGUUUGUUUUUUUUUGCCAAAAGGCAGGACUAACAUAUACCUUCACUGACUAGAAGCAGAAGCAGCAACAUCUUGAGAGCAACCAAUAAGGAUGCCUCUUUAACAAGGUAACUUGUUAGCAAAGAACUGCAAAUAAGAUGUGAGUGUCUGAUUGGGCAGAGGAGAUGAAAACAGUUAUCUGAUUGACAGGGAGACAGCUGAGGCAAUGGGCACAACACAGUUUAAAUGGAAACAAUUUGAUAGAACUGACAAGUCUCUGGACACCUGAAUGUGUGACACACCUGAAUGUUGGAGGAGGAAACCAUCAUUUGAUAAAAGGAGGGGCCAAAUGUGUGGGGGUUUUUUGUUGAUGUUUUUAUUUUUUAAGGGAUAUCCCAUAUGGGUGCAGGAUCUUUGGGAUAAGCUCUCAUAAAAACAGAGACUAUAAGUGUGUUUCAGUUUUCCAUAGAAGGAUUAUUACUGUUCAUCUUAAAGCUUGAAGGUGGAGUUUGUUUUUGUGAUAAAAGAGAAAAGGUUUUCUUACCUUCAGCUGUAUCAUUUUGAAGCUGUACUUAAUGAUGUGUUUCGUUUCCUACUGAGGGCUGUUUCACAAAAGCAGAAUUAAGAAGUCUUGGAUAACAUAAAAAACACAAGGUUUGACCUAGUCUACUACGUGCAUCCUGACUUAAUACGUGUCCCUACAGCUAAGCCAGGGUGAGGAGGUACAGCUGGGUGUAAGUAAUUCAGAUGAAUGCACAUUGACUGCUUUCUUCAACAGACCAUGAGGUUGAUCACAGAUUCACUGAUGCUGUCAUUAAAAUGAAAUGAGACCCCGCCCGACCAGCACAAACGGCACCAUACUGGUCAGGUUUUUGAGCGCACCCAUUGAAGACACGUGCGACAUAUUUCAGACCCACUAAGCAUCAAAGAGGCUUAUGGGGAAUUCAAGCACAUAAUUUAUAAAAACAAACAAGGCUGCUGUAAUAAAAGAAGCAUGACAGGCGGUAGUGGACCAACUGAAUGCAUUAAGAUGCCUAAAAUAUACAUUUACUAACCACUGUUCCUAACUGAAACCAUAUGUUAGUCAGAAAUUACACCAUGAAGAUUAAUUACAGCCACUAAUCCACAACCUAAAGGUGCAAAUAUGUUUCAUUCUACAAAAGUGAAAUCUGGGUGAUACAAAUUUAGUGAAAUGUAGCCUGUUCCUUCAUACAUACCUAAUACUUGUUGUCAGCUAAUAUCUAAACUUAAUAAAUCCACAGCAAGUAGAGCGUAACACAUAGAUUUGUUUUGGGUGACUGAUACCUCAUUGAUAUUGUUAAUAAAUAGCUAUUUCUUUUUAUUUCAGUCUUAUAUUUAGUAUAGCCUACUGUAUGUAAUAUUAUUGCACAUGUGAAUGAGACUGAAGUAAUUCAUGAACAGACAUUUUUAAAUGAAAAGUAGGCCUAUAUGGUUCCACUUCCAGGUUGAUAAUUGAUGACCAUACAAUUCCUUGAACUUGACAUUUUAAAUCAUUUCCCAUAUUAUUUUUAGGCUACAUGUGUGUUGGUGUGUGUGUGUGUGUGUGUGUGUGUGUGGAAAACUGAGUCAUGGAUAAAUUCAUUCAGGAUAACUAGAAAAUCUUGGCUUAAUCCACUAUCUAGGUUUUGUGAAACAGCUCUCUGGUUGUUGUACAAAGAGAAACAUGUCUGCAAUACAUUUACAGCAGCUAAAACGUCACUUUGGAUUUAUACUCUUAUUUUGUAGUUUGAGGAAUAUUCUAUUACAGUUGUUUCUUUUUGGCAGUGUUAAUGGAUCUUUAUUCUUUUAAGUGUACAGUAUCUUACCUGCCAUGAGCUAUCGAUGCUAACAAGGUCUGUGUGCCAAAGUACCGGUUUUAAUCUCUGUUAUUUUCUUGGCCAAGUAUUUUCUUUUUUCUUUCUUUUUUUUUUUUUUAAAUCCCGAACAAGAAAUAGAAAAUGCAUUGGUAAAAGGCCCAAAAAUUGUAGAUUUAGGACACCUCAUUUGAUAGUUUUUACUCCUAAUUUCACCAGUUAGUGUUUCUGUUUGUCAUUCUACCUCAGAUAAACCUGUUUUUAAAUCCCACAGAACCUUUAUUUACUCAUAUUAAAUCACAUUUUUUAAAUCUUUUAUAUCAGAGUCACUUUAUGAAAGUGCUGCUGGCAGUGGGAAAACCUGCACCUCUAGUAUUUAAGUUGUUAGCAGACUGAGCACCAAUGGUGUGCUCAGAUUAGUUUUUUUUUUCUUCAGUAAAAAGUGGUUUUGCAGCCGGAAGUGUUACAAAUGUGAACUUUUUAAUAACAGAAUAACACUUACCUCACAAUACAUUCUCCAUUUUGGUGCAAGUGCAAAAGUUACUGGCAUUGUAACACAUUUUUUUCCUAUUGUACCUCAGGAUUACAUUUUUUAAAGUUACAUUUACAGUGCAGGCCUUAAUGCUCAAAUUCUAUUAUUAUUAUUUGACAGAUCCUAUCUUUUUGUGUGGUCACAUUCAUGUUUGUGAGGACAUACUGUAUAUCCAGCUCUGUGUUUGAACACUGUUAACCUAAACUGCCAUGUGAAGAUGUACCUGAAAUGUGGGCUGUAGCUAUACGAGAAUAACAAUAAUGUCAUUUCUGCAACAGUCAAAUGAUCUCAAAAACUGCUCCUUCAUUUUUGGGGUUAAUCCCAGAAUCCCUAAAUGUCCAACAAGUGUGAAAUGUCCUCCUCUCUCCACUGACCUGUCGUUGUUUCUUCAUGUUUAAUUAAUUGUUUAAUGUUUAAUUAAUCUUCACGUCUGUGAUGGGCCUACACUGAAUGAUGACGAACUGACUGUGCUCACAGCGGUCACAUGGUCAGAGAUUGGAUAAGUGUCCCACAUCUGAUUCUAAAAAAUCUGAUUGUUUGUUCAGACAUCAGUGAAAAAAUCUGAUCUGAGCCAAGUGGACGGGAAAAAGUCGGAUUUGAGUCACUUCAGCAGGUAAUGUGAACGUAGCUUAAAUAUCAUCAGUUUUGGAGUGGAUAUCCAUUUGGUCCUAAUUGGGCAAAAGGUGGUACUGUGAGACAUUUUUGAACACCUUAUGAUCAUUUUUAGCUCCAAGUCACCAGUGGAUCCUCAAAAUGAUUAUCAUGUGUGCAAUGUUGUACAUAAUGUACAUCCUUCAGUAUUACGAUACCAAACUUGCAAAAAACAUGACCUUUUUUUCAUUCUUUAAAAAUCAAUUUCUACCAUUACUUGAGUUUCUACAGUGCAAUGAUGUCAUCUACUGCCCCACCCUCUUCUGCUUCUGGCUGUGAUUGCUUAAGGUCAAUGUGCCUUCGAUUCCAAGUUGCGCUGGGUGGGUGAACCCUAGUAUACCUUCUUACAGAUCUAGUUUAUCCUUCAGCUAUGAGAUUCAUUGGCAGUUUGUGUGUUAAGAGUAUGUCAUGUCCUUCACUGUAUGAUUUUAGAAACUAACACUGAGGUGGUCUGGACAGUAAUUAAUUUUUCAUAUGUUGCAGUUAUGAGGUUAUUCCCUGACAGCAAUGAUAUUCCUAUGAAUGAACUUAUUUUUGAAACAGAGAUUUUAUGAGAGCUUUAGACUUAGAAACUAAUGCUGAACACUUAAACGUUACAGCAUAUAAGUGACACAUUUCUUUGCUUUAUGACCUUAAAAUGUAAAUGUACAUGUGAAUUAUAUUAUGAUUUGUAUAUAAUGUAAGUGAAGUGUGGGAUUGGCUUGUAUAUUGUGGUUUUCCUUCUGUUGUCAGUCCAGUGUACUCUAGCUCAGUGGCACUUACACAGUCUGGAUUGGGGCUUCAGUUCCCCUUUGCAGCUAUACCAUUACAUAAGACCAACGAUUAUUCUGCUUUUGGUUGUUUGUGUUCGUUCAGAUUAUACUAUAAAAUAGACAAAUCAAUCCCCACUUCUUCUGGUAUUUACACCUGAGUAUGUUUACAUGCACACUAGUAUCUUAUGCUGUAUUCAUAUUUGGGACAUAAAAUUUAGACAAAACAAAGAGGAGUGGCUUAUUCAUAUCACUGCAAUUCAUUUACUUUUUCUUUUUUUAACAAAACUUUUAAUCAUGGUGGAUCAGUUCAACUAAACUGCAACUUGUCUUGUAGACUUUAAUAGAUCUGCAUUUUAGUGAGCUCUCACAUCUAAUCCCAGUGUUGUUUUGGGUUUUGAAGACAAGUUUAAUUUGCUUACCAUAAUGACAGACAUCCAAGCUUGCUGUCAUGCUCAUUUGAAAUGUUCUUCUUUUUCCAUAAGUAUACCUGUAUCUUUUAAAAUAACCCAAAUCCCAUGAAAACCAAGAUGAAUGAUAAUCCAGAUCUAUGUAACCAGAAUGUGAUGUUUAUAUGAGCCAGUACUCCAAAACCCAGAUUGUAAGUAGGAUGUUAGUGUACAUAUAAGCACUGUUAUUUGAGAGCUGCACUCACUCAGUUAGUUCUGCAGCAGUACAGCCGACACAGCAGUGUAAAUAUUGUACAUGUAAAGAAAUGAAAUGUACAUGGGGAUUUACUGUACUGUAAAUACAGUGUCUGUUGUCUUGUCUGGAAGUGUACCAGCCAGUUGUUGUUGGAAAUUAAAAGAGAACAACA